ACAGCUGGGACAAUUCAGGGGUUAUUUGAUCAACAGGAAAUGAAUCUGCAACUAGUUUGAUGAGAAAUUACAAGUCAUUAUUCCAGCUAAAAGGCCAAUCAGUUCCUAGUUCCAGCAAAUCUGCUCAGUUAAGAUUUGCUGCUUUUUGAAACUGAAGGCAAUUUUUCAAUGUGUUUUGACAUUGUGUAGCCCAAAUGAUCAAUUGAGAUGGCAGAUUAAUCAGUAAUGAAAAUGACCAUUAGUUGCAACCCUAGCAAAAAAAUGUUUUGGUGUAAAAGGUACAAUAAACCCCUUACUAAAUUUGGUGGACUACAGGUAAGAUGCGGAAUGAAAAGAAAAUACUAAUUACUACAUAUAGUACUUUAAAUCUACUUCGUUAAUCUCCAACACUUACAUCCUGGUUGUCUUUGUUGUUCCUGUGUUAAACCUGGAGAGAGACGCUCUGCAUCCUCAUCCCUAAAGCAUGACAUCAUCCAGACAGGCCCAGUCUGUGUGGUGGGAGGGGACGUUCAGAGCCGCAAAUCACGGACUGUGACUGCACGGCUGUCGUUGCAAAGGGCGUGAGCAUUGUUUUUAUUUUUUGUAUUAUUACAUAGUUGCAUGGAUCCUACGGGUGUUGAGGAUGUAUUCUUCAACUCGCGGCUGCGCGUGAGCGUCGGCAUCUGCGGGAAAACGAACGAAUUGCGGACGAAGAGACUCCGUGUCGGCUUUUAUUCACCUCGACUGAACGUUUGACACUCGAACGCAUCCACACGCGAUGGAUUGGAUACUUAAUGACAUAAGAUGAAUACAUAGACUCAAAUGGUAACGUUGCCCUUGCUGCCCUCCUUAUGGCUUUCAUCGGCGCUGCACAUUUAGGAGAAUAGCGAGAUAACCACCAUAGUCCGAUAUGGCGGUGAGCACAUCCGAGCCGCUCUGCCGGCCGUGCGUCUACCACGAAGCUUUCAAAGUGGAGCUACAGGUGAGGAGACCCCUGAUACCGGUCCAGCUGAGUCCGGAGCAGGUGGGCCUGGAGAUGUUGUGUCUUUGCGGGCAGCUGGACCUCCUCAUCAGGGCACAGAUGCAGCAGUUCCAGGAGCAGUUAGGACAGGGCUGUAGCCCAGAGGAGUCAGACACUUUCCAGGCUCAAGGAUCAGAGAUUCUCGACCAGAUGCUGCAGUGCCUUGAACAUCUACCAAAGCCCAUGCCCCAGCUGGAGGACUACCUGGACAUGGUGGGUCUGUCUGUAAUGUUCCCCCGUGUGGAGGUGUUCCUCAUUCAAGGCAGCCCAGUGGACAUGCUGGAGAGGCCGCCUAUGGACGAAUACUUCUCCCACGUUGCCAAACUGAACCAGCUCCUGGUGCUGAGUCAGCAGCUGGAAGAAGAUAUCAGGCACCUCGGAAGCCACAAAUACAUUGCCCACCAGUUGUCGGUCCUCUAUCAAGUCGUCAGCUCUUUCAGAGGAAUUCAGGCUUUCUCCGAAAUGAAGAAAGACAUCGAGGCCAACUUCAAACAGAUGAAGCAGUCUCUGGUGGUGGAGGAGGGCUCCAGGCACGAACCUCAGCUGGCCGCUCACUACAUCAACUGGAUAUUGGAACUGACACGGAGCUUAACGUCGGCGGUGUUGACGCUGCCGGAGGAGCUGACGGAAGACCUCGACCAGGCCGUGACCUUCGUGUCCCAAUUCCUGUCCUGACUCCCCCCCCCCAAACCCAACGCCUCUGUGUCUAUGAACCCUGACGUUCCGGUGCACCGGGUCCCUCCAGGAGCCUCUCGAUGAACUGUGAAAAGGUGCUAGGUCAUUCGAUUCGACCGGUGAGAUUGGGUGCUCCAUUUACGAAUCAUGUAGGUUUUUAUACAUCGUCCUCCUGAAUGUGGCCUAUGUUAGUCCCUAUGGUGAGUCAGGUGGAGAUGAAUGUAAUGUAUGAAUCCUUCCUUGCACUACUGCUAUAACUACUGUUAUGCUUUCCUUUCUUUUUUUUUACCGAAAGUGGAAUAAUAAAAUUGAAUGCAAUAGGGGAAAGUGUUUGUAUUCUCCCUGUUCUCGAGCAGAUGUGAUGAUCAUUUCCAAGGAUGGAGCUAUAAGGCAGGAACUUUGAGUGGUCAUUACAGUUAAAUCACAGGCGUGACUAUGAGCAAAGGCUCCUCUUCCCUCACUAUAGUGUGUGUGUGUGUGUGUGUGUGUGUGUGUGUGUGUGUGUGUGUGUGUUGGUGUGUGUGUGUGUGUGUGCGCGUGCAGGUGCACAGCUAUGCAGCGAGCCAAACAAACUUGGUGGUGUUGUAAAAAUGUAUUGUUAAAGAUGCACAAUAUAGAUUCGAUUAGCGUUGCAUUGUCCCUCAUAAAAUACAUGUUGUGUACAAGUAUCAUUAGUGAAAUAUCAACAUUAAAGGCCCUGAAAAAUCUAUUUUCCUAUUUCAGUUUUGAGUGAUGACCUCCGACAUGAACACAACUUUGCAGUUGCAAACGGUUUUGGUAGUUUCACAUGAGAGAUUUUCUCUGUGUUUUUGAAGUGGGCGAGGCUCCGUUUUCAUAGGAAGGUCAACAAAGUCAAUAAUCCAGGAAACAUUCAACGAGUCCACAAGAGUACGUGUGAAAAAAAAUUGUAAGAUACAUAACAGUUAGUCCUACGGUAAUUUUAACAGUUAUUUUGAAUUAUUAGCAACACAUUAGCCUCACACAGCUAGUAGGCUGUCAUGGCUCGUUUAAAAGUCUGAGCAUUUCCAUUUUCUGCUGCCAGACUAACUUAUAAUGUUAUUGAGUAAUGAUACUUACUCUGUCUGUCUGUGUGACGAUAAAAAUAUAAUAGAAACAGUAUAAUUCAGUAAAAAAGUAGAACAUGCUCACAUAAUAUAUCGUGAUAUAGUACAGUGUAAUAUAUUAUGGAAAUAAGAAAUAGUAGCAUAUCAGGUGAAAUGUAGUAAUGUAAAAUAAUACACAGUAUAGUAUGCAG